ACGGCCGCCCGCCGCUGCCAGGCAUCCAUUACCGAUCGCCUUCUCACCAAGAUGAGGACCCUCUCUCUGCUGCUCUGCGCUGCCCUGCUGGGCCUGGCUGCCCCUCAGUUCCGGUUCAGGCGUCCCCAGCGCCCGCGGAACUUCUUCCGGCCCCAGCAGAACUUCCGGCCUCAGCAGAAUGUCGUGCAGAAUCAGGGCCCGCCGCAGCAGAGCGGCGGUCUGUACUACUCGUGGCGUGACCCGGCUGUCGGCCGCAACGCCAAGUUCUCCUGGGGUCAAGCCAACGCCGCCUGCCAGCGUCGCAACCAGCGUCUCGUCUCGCUGGAGACGGCCGGCAAGAACCAGCAGAUCGUCGGCGAGAUCGCCAGCGACAACAUCCCGUACAUCUGGACCAGCGGCCAGCGGACGGGCCAGAACAGCUUCCAGUGGGCCAGCGGCCAGCAGCCCGACAACCGCGAGGGCGACGAAAACUGCCUGGCCAUCCUCAACCGGUUCUACCCCGGCGACCAAAUCACGUGGCACGACGUCUCCUGCCACCACAAGAAGCCGUACAUCUGCGAGUAG